AUGAAAUCAUGCCAACUUCAACUUCCUUUCACAUUUAAGGAAAGUGCACUGCGCUGGGGAAGCGGCAUUGAAGGGUCACGUGAUGGCGCGUAUUCCGUGACCCCCAGCAGCACCUCGAGCGCAAGGCCAGGCAUGGACAUUGCCCGCGGCUCGCGUCGAGCCCGCCAUGUCGCCGCCAACGCCGCCGCCGCCGCCAAUGCCUCCGACGGCAACGGCACCAGGGCGAACCGCACAGGCGACGCGGUGACGCCCGCUGCCCCUGCCCGGGAACGCCCCGCCGCUGCUGCAUGGCCAACGACGACGCCCGACAACGACCUCGCCCACGACGAGCAUGAGCCUCGAGACAGGCGCCUGCGCGAGCCCCCCGGCUUUAGGCGUGCCCUCGACGAUGCCGCUGCGGCGGCGGCUACGGCUGUGGCUGCGACGACCAUGGCCCAGCAGCAGCUGGAUCCGCAUCGGACCCCCGAGCAGGCGGCCCAUCACCAUCACCACCACCACCAUCAUCAUCACCACCAUCGCGUGCGCCAGCAUGCCUCACCGCCAGCCGUUGCUGGGCCGCCGCCGCCGCAUCCCUUUCGGCUUCACCGGUGUAAGUACUUUAAAUGCGUUGUUGGGCUGCUGCACGACCAUUGGCACUUGCAAUCGCUGCUGCGAUAG